UUAGAGAGCUUACACUGUCCCUCGCUGUCAAACAAACACUCACGCUCUACCUCUCUUUCUCUCCUCCUCCUUUCACACGCACACUUGUGGGUGCCUCAGUCGCUCUCCUCUGCUCAGUUCAUCAUGUUGGCUGGAGAAUGCUGCGUGCGGCAGCACUCUCUCUCCUGCCCUGGCGCGGAACGCGUCUAUCCCACCCACCGCAGCUGAGCACUCUUACAGAAGAGGACGAGCCGGAACGGCAGGAGAAAGAAGAGGAAGACGAAGGCUCGGGGGGGAGUGCCGGGGUCCGAUUGGACCCCAUGUUCCGAACGCAGAGAGCUUACCUGCUGGAGGGUCCAGAGGACAUGGUGGCAUCAUCCGGGAGGCUAAAGUCUCCAGACUGGGUGUAUGAGUCCUACUACCGUAUGAGCCAGCAGCAUCCUCUCAUCGUGUUCCUGUUACUCAUUGUCAUGGGAGCAUGCCUGGCUCUGCUCGCUGUGUUUUUUGCCUCUGGACUGGACAUGGAGGGCCACAUGGCCUUCAUCAUCACUGUGCCAACAACGCUGGCUAUUUUCCUUGCCAUCUUCAUCCUCGUCUGCAUCGAGUCCGUCUUCAAAAAGCUUCUCCAUCUCUUUUCCCUGCUCAUCUGGGGCUGUCUGGUUGCUAUGGGUUACCUCUUCAUGUUCUUUGGUGGGAUCAUCUGUCCAUGGGACCAGGUGUCAUUUUUCCUGUUCAUUGUGUUUGUGGUGUACACCAUGCUGCCAUUCUCCAUGAGGGACGCCGUCAUUGCUAGUGCCCUAACUUCAUCCUCCCACACACUAGUGCUUAGCAUCUGCCUCUCAAACUCUACCGACCACAUGGAGGCCCUCGUCUGGCAAAUCAUGGCAAAUAUCAUCAUCUUUAUCUGUGGGAACGUUGCAGGAGCCUAUCAUAAACACCUGAUGGACCUGGCACUUAAACAAACCUACCACGACACCUGCAACUGCAUCAAGUCUCCCAUCAAACUGGAAUUUGAGAAGCAUCAGCAGGAACGCCUUUUGCUGUCUUUGCUGCCCGCUCACAUCGCAAGGGUGAUGAAGGCCGAGAUCAUUCAGAGACUAAAGGGACCAUACUUCGGCCAGGCAGAAAACACCAACAACUUCCACAACCUUUACGUACAGAGACACACCAAUGUAAGCAUUCUGUAUGCAGACAUAGUUGGAUUCACCCGUCUAGCUAGUGACUGCUCACCUGGAGAACUGGUGUACAUGCUUAAUGAACUCUUUGGCAAAUUUGACCAGAUAGCUAAGGAUAAUGAAUGCAUGAGGAUCAAGAUCUUGGGCGACUGUUAUUACUGUGUAUCAGGGCUGCCAGACCCUCUUGCCGACCAUGCAAAGAACUGUGUGAAGAUGGGGCUGGACAUGUGUGAGGCCAUCAAGAAGGUGAGAGAUGCCACCGGGGUCGACAUUAACAUGCGCGUUGGAGUGCACUCUGGGAAUGUUCUCUGUGGUGUGAUUGGCCUCCAGAAAUGGCAAUAUGAUGUUUGGUCACAUGACGUCACUCUGGCGAAUCACAUGGAGGCAGGAGGAGUGCCUGGGCGGGUUCACAUCUCCUCUGUAACACUGGAAGAUUUGCAAGGGGCAUAUAAAGUCGAGCCAGGGAAUGGACAGAGUCGUGACUUCUACCUGAAAGAGCAUGGCAUUGUCACAUUUCUAGUCAUUAACCCAAAGGCAGAGAAACCCCAGCUCCCCAGCCGGAUUCGUCCCACUCUGGAUGGUGCCAAGAUGAGGGCUUCUGUCCGCAUGACGCAGUAUCUCGAGUCAUGGGGAGCGGCCAAGCCAUUUGCCAACCUCCACCACCGAGACAGCAUGACCAAUGAGAACGGCAAGAUCAACACACAUGAUGUGUCGAUGGGACAGUAUAGCUUUCAGCAAAGCACUGAAAGAACAAAGUCGCAGAAGAAGAGAUUUGAAGAGGAGUUGAAUGAAAGAAUUAUUCGCACCAUUGAUGGAAUCUACUCACAGAAACAGUGGCUGAAAUCGGAGGACAUUCAAAGAAUAUCUUUAUUCUUUCACAAUAAGACCCUGGAAAAAGAGUACAGAGCCACAACUCUGCCGACCUUCAAGUACUAUGUCACCUGUGCUUGUCUCAUUUUCUUCUGCAUUUUCAUAGUGCAGGUUUUAGUCUUACCGAAAACCACCGUCCUUGGAGUAUCAUUUGGAAUGGCCUUCCUGCUGCUAGCCUUGAUCCUUGGCAUUUGUUUUGCUGGUCACAUACUGCAAUGGGGUAAAGCAACAUCCUGCACUAUGCCCUGGCUUCCGGGCUCCUCGAAAGUCAUCACCAACAAGCCCUGGAUCCGACUUGUGCUCACCAUGGCAACCACUGCACUUAUCCUGGUCAUGGCCGUGUUCAACAUGUUCUUCUUAGGUGAUGAGAAGAUGGUAACAACAACCCCACUGAACUAUUCCAACAUCAGUAUGGAUGGUCCGUAUGGUCAAAUCACACACUCUGCAAACAACAAGUUCUACUUGCCAUACUUCAUCUACAGUUGCAUUCUGGGAUUGAUCUCAUGCUCUGUAUUCCUGAGGAUAAACUAUGAGCUAAAGAUGAUCAUCAUGCUCGCUGCAGUUGUGGGUUAUAAUAUCAUUAUUCUCCAGACGCAUGCCUCAAUACUGGAUGAUUACAGUAGAGCCCUCUACAAAGCACAGCAACUGGACCGGCCAGGUGUUCUCAAAAAUUUGAAAACCAUGGGCUCUGUGUCAUUGUUCAUUUUCUUCAUCACUUUGCUUGUGCUGGCAAGGCAGAAUGAAUAUUACUGUAGGUUAGACUUCCUCUGGAGAAACAAGUUUAAGAAAGAAUGCGAGGAGAUUGAGACCAUGGAGAACCUCAACCGGGUGCUUCUGGAGAAUGUGUUACCUGCCCAUGUGGCUGAACAUUUCCUGGCUCGUAACUGGAAGAAUGAGGACCUUUACCACCAGUCAUACGAUCUGGUGUGUGUUAUGUUCGCCUCCAUUCCCGACUUCAAGGAAUUUUAUACCGAAUCAGAUGUUAAUAAGGAGGGGCUGGAGUGUCUCAGACUCCUCAAUGAGAUUAUCGCAGAUUUUGAUGAGUUGCUGUCAAAACCCAAAUUCAGUGGAGUAGAGAAGAUCAAAACUAUUGGCAGCACAUACAUGGCUGCCACUGGACUGAAUAUCGCCCCCGGACCAGAGUACACACAGGACCAUGACCGGCAGUAUAUGCACAUUGGAACGAUGGUAGAGUUUGCAUUUGCUUUGGUUGGGAAGCUUGACGUCAUCAACAAGCAUUCUUUUAAUGACUUCAAGCUGCGAGUGGAUGCAGAAAUCACGUGUUUUCUGUGGUAAGUACUAUUAGAUAUGUUAAACUAUUAUCAUAGCAUAAAAUUAACCUAGUUACAUAAAAUGAAACAAAAUGUUGUUUAUAUUUAGGUUAUAUAAACGUUAUAUUUCGCUGUGUCACGCAUUUGGCACGCAACCCUGUUACUGCAUAAUUUUACCCCAUUACAAAAAUGUUUACAUUCCUUAAAGGAAUAAUUCACCAAGAAUGAAAAUGGUCUCAUCAUUUACUCUCCCUCAUGCCAUCCCAGAUGUGAAUGGCUUUCUUUAUUCUGCAGAACACAAACAUAGAUUUUUGGAAGAUUAUCUCAGCUCUGUAGGUUCAUACAAUUCAAGUGAAAGGUGGCCAGAACUUUGAAGAUCCAAAAAGCACAUAAAGGCAACUUAAAAGUAUUCCAUAUGAGUCCAGUGGUUAAAUCCAAGUCUUCUGUAGAGAUGCAUUCACUUUGGGUGAGAAACAGAUCAAUAUUUAAGUAAAUUUUUACUAUAAAUCUCCACUUUCACUUUCAGAAUGUGAAAGUGAAAAGUGAAUAGUAAAAAAGGGACUUAAAGCUUCUGUAAAUCUUCAUUUGUGUUCAGCAGAAGAAAGAAUUCUUACACAUCUGGGAUGUCACAAGGGUGAGUAAAUGUUGAGAGAAUUUUGAGCUUUGGGUGAACUAUCCCUUUAAAAUUGUUAGACAGGAAAUACCAACAUUUGAUACCUUUGUAUAUUAAGAUGGGAAGACAAGUAAAUAAUAUUUUCUCAAUUUCUACAAAUUGAAAUGCUGACUACAUUUGUCAAACUCAACCUUCCAACUCUUUUACCAAAGUCAUUGUAUGAAAAAAUUUAUGAUCCAAUAUAUUGUUUUAUUAUUCAUUAAUUUAUGGGAAAUAAGUUUUUCAUUAAUUACAAAACAUUUGGUUCCAAACUCUGUUGGGUAAGUUACCCAAAAAUAUAAUCCACUAUAAAUAACUAAUUACUUCUCUAAAACUGUACUCAGAUUACUUUACCAAUUACUUAAUCGAAAAGUAAUCACAUUACCAAUUACUUUUGUUUAAAGAUACUUUUUAAAACACUUUUCACAGAAAAGUUUUGUUUCCACUCAAUAAAUUCAAAAUAAUGUCUAUAAUUCCUCGUUCAUUGUUACGCACAAUUCAUACACUCAGCACCACGUGUUUCUCCCUUACAAUGACUCAUUAGGGGUGCACACCAGUCAGCUCUCACAAAAACCCAAACUGAUGAACAUUUAAACAUAAUUUAUGAUUUAAAUGUAUUCUAUAUAAAUAGUUUUACUACAUGUAACCUUAUUAAUCCACUUACUUUAAAACCUCAUUGAAAAUGAAUAGGACAUAAAAAAAAUUAUAGAUUUAGUUUACGACCAGAGGUUGGCAAUCGACAUUUUUAGAAGGUCAAGCACAACCUUUUACUGACACUUUGUUGAAAAAGCUUUUUUCAGAGUUUCAGGCCUUAUUUGUACCCUAUUCAUGGAAAGUCCCAGUAACUGACGAGAAGUGUCUCAAAAGCCUGUGGUACAGAGACAAUAUCACAUGUUUCAA